AUGAGAAAAGUGCAUAUUCAACUCCUGAUCGGAGGUGGGGACGUGAAUGUGCACGGUAGAACGGAAUUUUGGACAUGGCUAAAUCAAGCCAACGGUCGAGACGGUGCUAAAGUGGCGGGAGACGCUGAGGUUGAGGAUGAAGGUGAGGAGGAGACCGAGGAAUUCAAGCUGACUACGAUGGAAAAAGGGAAAAGCGAGACUAUGCAGAAUCCGCAUGAAAUGAGGAAGAAAGACGGUAAUGAGGCAGGUGGAAAGAGUGCUCAUGAAGCCGGAAAGGCCCGGGAACAUCUUUUGCGAUUCUUAUAA